UCCUAAUUUUCCUUGGGUAAAACUUUUGUUUUGUGCACUUUUGUGGAAUCUUCGCAGCUAUUCUGAAUUUUUUUGAUUUUUGUUUUUUUAAAUGGGUUGCUGAAGGCGGUUGGAUUUUUUAGUGACACAUUAAUCUAUAUGACAGUUUCAGUUUUUCUAUGACACAUUUAGUCUAUAAAAUUUAGAUAGCUGCAACAAUUGUAUUACAUUUGGGAAGCUCGGUCUUCGGAUAAAGGAGGGACGAAUUUAAUUUUGGAUACCCUCCAAUUAAAGAUUCAUUGCUUGUCCUCGUCAAACUUUUGAAUGCAACGAGCCUUGCUGCAAUGCGUCAAUUCUUUUCUUGAAAGCGUCAAACAUUUAAAUUGCUUACCUCAUGUAAUCCUGCAGAUUAAGGGAUUCCCACGACAUUUUAAUCGAAAACACAAAAGGCGUCACAUCAUCCCUUACAUUCCUUUUGAGUCUCCGAUAAAUUCAUUUUAAAACAACCGAUCACUCUCAUUAUAAGAAGGUGGUUAACGAAAAACGCUUGAGAAACACGUUACUACCGCACUUAUUCGCCAUCAUCUUCCUUUUCGCUAUACGACGCGUUUAAUUAAAAUGAAAUGUUUAGGUUGACGUAACGAAAACGCCAUAAUUGAACCAAAAUUGCUAUGUACAAAAAUUGUUUAAAAAAAGCGAACAAAAUCCGACACCCGCAAACACCACCCCAACAUUUCGCAGCAGCAUCCCUUCGGUCCAGGAUAACAGCGCACCUUCGGCGCGACUCGCCGCCGCUCGAGCCUCAUCGAAAAUCGAAGCACUUGGGGACGUUCGCUACAUUUUCAUUUUUAUCGGGGCGCAAAUGUGGGGAAACGGAACGCGCGCGUCUUCCUUAAUAAAAUUUUUCGACGACGCGCUCUUUUAUGUCCCGCGGGCCUCGGAGAAGAUUAUUAGCGCGCCCUCCGCGAGACGAGGGAUGAAAAUGUAGGUCACUGGGGAUGGGGUUUAAUUGUACGCGACUAGGACGAAAAUAGAAGCGUCGCCCGCAAGUUAAAUAAAAACAUCAAAAUGCGACGUGUGGGCGAAUUUUUUUCCGGGGUAUUAAUGAGAGUUUUUAAAGUUUCGACUUUGUUUUAUGGGAUAUUUUAUAGCGUGUCAAACUGUCGCAAUCUCGUUCCAAGUCGUGUAAAAACAAGGGGGCGUGGUUAAUCGGAAUUCGCGGAGGCGAUUGGUCGAUUCGCGAUCGCGGGGCGUGGUUACUUAAAUCGCGCGACAAGGUGGAAAUAUUUUUAACAAAUUUGUUCGCGUUAAUUAAUCAUAAAUAAACGUUGGGUUACGUUUGAUGUUAAGGACGUCGAAAUAUUUACGUCAAAUUAUCGUGGGGACACGGAAAAAAAAUAAUAUAAAAAAUCCGAGCGAGACGGAGAUAGAUGUGUCCGAGCCGUUUUCAGAAGUCGCAAGUUUUCAGCUUUCAGUUUAACAAGAAAACGCGUGCAAGACAGUGCAGUGUCUCAAUAGUUGGAUGUUUACGGAUCGGUCGCGGAACUAUUAAAGCCCUUUUGGAACUGCCGGCCGUCUACAGCGUUUCAGGUCGGUCGUCUUCCGAUGGUAACACGAUGAAUGUAAAUUUCGAGCCGGUGGCUAAUUACGUGUCAAGGACCAGCUCGUACGGCGCAAAAUUACGCGAGAAAUCCCUCUACGCCGGCGUCGCGCCGUUCUUUUCCGGCGGCGAGCACCGGUUGAAGAACGCGCAGACGGACUACAACGCCAACUUCUUCAAGUGCUUCGAGUCGACGAAGAAGCGACCCGGCGAAAAGUCGAAGACGGCGAAGCGCGGCGGCGAUGAGUACGACAGCGCCGACAGUUCCGUCGAUAGCGACGAUGAGAAGGAGCUGAAUCACAUUUUCGAGCCGCAGAGCGGCAACUGCGGCCCGCGGAAGUGUCUGACGUGGGCGUGCAAGGCGUGCAAGAAGAAGACGGUCACGAUCGACAGGAGAAAAGCGGCGACGCUGCGCGAAAGGCGUCGGUUGCGUAAGGUGAAUGAAGCGUUCGAGCUGCUGAAGAGGCGCAGCUGCAACAAUCCAGGUCAAAGGUUACCGAAGGUGGAGAUCCUGCGGAGCGCGAUCGAGUACAUCGAGUACCUCGAGGAGGUGCUUCAGGGAUCGAAAGGCGGAAGCGAUCCGUCCUCCAACCCUUCAACGAAUUCCGACUACUUAAACGACCAUCCUCAGGGAUACUACAAUGAGAAGCUCCACCAGUUCAGCGAGCCUUUAAAUAAGUUCUCGUCGGCGAACAGUAAGUGCGCUUUUCUUUUUUAUGGCGAUAAUCGGGUAGGCCGUGCCAGAGAGCGUAUCUGUUGGCUACCGCGACGUUCCACAUAUGCGCGAGCUUCUGAAGAGGCUGAGACAUUCAUCAUCUAAAUGGGUUCACGAAUCACUUCCAAAUUGCCUUUUAUGUUUGCCUCUUUUUUUAACGCGUCCUUUCAAUUAUAUAUUUUGUUGCACUUCAACAUUACGAGGCCGUUUGUGCUAUUUACUUCGAUAUAAAUUAACGGUGCGUAAGAUUUUAAUUGUAAUUAUAAAUUAUGGCGACCUUCUACAUUUGUAAGCGCGAUAUUUACUUGUAUUUUU